AUGAAGCUCCAAUCUCUCGGCAUGACCCUCUUCUGCGCCGCCACCCUGGUGGCUGCGCUCCCCGUCGAUCCUGCUACAGGACCUGUUUCUGUGCCCUGCAUUAAGCCCGAGGACGUGAGCGAUCUCGGAGAAGUCUCCGGGCCGAUUUGUGGGGAUGAGCCUAAGAAUGAAAAACGCCAGAAGGAAGAACCAUCCCUUGUAGGCGGACCCGUUGGCAGUGUUAUUGGCGAUCUUAGCAAGGUUGUCCACCGUUGA